AUGAUUCUGGCAUUGAACUUUGUGACCGUUUCGAUGGUGCUCAUCUACACUUUGGCAGAUUUCCGCUGUCCUGCUUUUGAAAAGCAGACGCAGUGCACGUGCCGCGAGAUCGUCUGGUGGAAUAAUGAUAGGAUGUCCAUCGUCAACUGCAGCUUCUUAAAUCUAAAAACGAUGCCCAAUUUAUCAUCCCUGUCAAAUCAAAACGUGACAAAGCUCUUACUUAGCGGAAACAACAUCUCCACCGUCUCUGUUUCUGAUUUUGACGUUCGGAGCAUCUCGGAGCUGGAUUUAAGCAGGAAUACAUUGGAGACAGGAGGUAUCGGAACGCUUUCACAGCUUGGGGCAGAUUUAACGAAGCUCAAUUUGGCGCGAAACCGAAUUGCCAUCGAUCAAGGAUUAAUGUUCAUUAAGAAUUUAAGCAUUUUAACUGAGCUUAUUUUGGAUUCAAAUACGAUACGUAAUUACGAAAAUGAUUCCCAGAUUCUUCCAGAUGACAUUUUCAGGGAUCUGCGGUUGCAUUCACUACGGAAGUUGAGUUUGAGAUCGUGUGGAAUUACAAUGAUAGAACCGCGGGCGUUUGUCGGAUUGGAAUCGAUAAAGGAAAUUGAUUUGACCUACAAUUAUUUAGAAAAAGUGCCGUCUGCAAUUUUACAGCUAAAAAAUCUGGAGAGAUUGUUUCUUGGUGGGAACGACAUUACCAAGAUUGCAACCGACAGCUUUGUUACUUUAGAUGCUUUAGAAGAAAUAGUUCUUGAUUAUAAUGAAUUGUCAACGAUAGACGAUGGUGCUUUCAGAGGGUUAGAAGACAGUCUUAAAGAACUUGAACUUCAUGCAAACUAUCUGAGUCAGAUACCAACGGCUGCAAUGAAACAAUUAAGGAAACUUUUGUUUUUGAAAAUUUCAAAAAACAACAUUAAAACCAUUAAAAAUGCAUUUCAAGGGGACUACACAUUGAACAUGCUAGAACUUGAUAGUAACCCGUUGGUGUUCAGUAAAAACACGUUCCAGGGCUUGGAACAUUCACUAGAGACAUUGUUUCUCAGGGAUGUGGGGAUGUCUAUUAUUCCAGUCGCAGAGCUAUCUUCACUGAAAACGUUAUCAUAUUUAGACAUUUCUCAUAACCAUUUUCAUAGGAAAACGUUUGACACCGAUAUCUCCACCUUAUCGGUGAAAACUCUUGUUAUGAGCAACAACAGUCUCCGACACAUUUCUCCGUCAGCCUUCAUCAAUCUGCGACACCCAAUCGGUCUGGACCUGGACAAUAACAACAUUUCGAAUAUUUCCUUCAUCAUCAGCAGUCCUCCCUGUUCAUUUCGUUAUGUUGAUGUCACCGGAAAUCCAAUCGAAUGCGACUGUGACGUAGAAGAAAUUCUGCACACUGGUAUUAUUUUCGGUAUGGGGUUAACGGGCGUUUGUAAACUAAACGAAACUAUGUAUGAAAUUGGCAGUUCUAUUCUAGCAGAACAGUUAUACACUUUUUGCAACCGGACGGAGAGAAUCAGUUGGUGCUCAGGAGCGUUCCAAUCCAAUCGCGCGUUACAGUCAAACACAGGAUUAACUCUGAUAAAUGUCUGGGUAGUUUUUGUUUGCUUUCUCCUUAACAAAAGGUGGGAAGUAAAAUAAAUUACAAAAACUAAAUAACAAAUAAGAAUAGAGAAAUCGAAUGAUAAGAUUUUUUGUCCCUUUUAUGUCAUGAAGCAUGUAGCAGAGCUGUAAAGCAUUUGGUACACUUAUAAAUGUAGACGGCUUUAGAUUGGCAGUUACACACAUAUAUCGUAGUCACAUGUUGACUUAAAGAUAAUUAGAAGUAUGUGAAAGCAUUUGUUAUCACUGAACUUCCAUGACCGCCUAAAUUAAAUGAGAGUGGAAUGAAUACAUUCGUUUUGGACGAUAAGAAACAAAGGCAUGUGAUUUUGUUGCAGAACAUAAGAUUUCACAGCUGGUUGGAAAACCUUUAUACAAGUGUUAAAAGCAACGCAUUUCGCAAACCCGUUGAGAGCUUCAAGAUGACUGCCCCAGGAUGGAAAAUGGGUGAAAAUGCUGAAAAGUCGCCUUCAGUGCAUUAUGCAAACUGGAAAGAAGACAUUUUGUUGAAAAAACAAUUGCAUGUUUUGGAAAGAAGUGAGAAAAAUGUGAUUCACAGAAUUAAGAUAGAUCAGAAAGUGUUGUUUAAACGAUUUCAGGAUAAGUUGUACCGAUCUAAGCUAUGUGAAGCACGUAUGCAUGGAAACAAGGACACAGAAAUGGAACUUAGAGCCAGAAAUCUGCAUGGAUUAAACACCGAUUUCGGAAGCGCCGAAAAAGAUUAUGAGUUCCUAACAAAACUUCAAAAUAACAGAAAACAACGAAACACGAAAAAGAAACCUCCACGGAUAAAGGUAUCGCCAAUAGUUAAACAGAAUAAAUUUGACGAUGAUGUAUUCGUAGAAACGAAUGACCCCCGACGACGGAGUAAUUCUAUCACAGAAGGCAUGACGUCACGAUCCAUGGGGGCACUAUCGAGUCACCCACUACUGUCCGUUGUAGAGCGACCGUCAACCACCGGAAGUCAUCCACAGCAGCACGCGAUAGAAGUCAGCGUUAAAACUCUACAAGGCAAAAAAGAUAUUCAUAUGAAUAUUUCCGCAAAAGGAAAUAGAUCAGACAGUGAAAAAAAGCAGUUGAGUGAAUUAUCGAAAAGUAAAAAGGCAAGACCACAGACCUGCAUGCCAUCACUUUUACUGCAGGUUACGAAAGAAGCACACGAAACGGGACGGAAGUCGGAGCAGGAAAAUCACAGGAAGAAAUCGUCUAGUUUCUUUGAGGAUGAAAAGAAAAUUGACAUUGUUGAACUUCAUUUAAGCCAAAUAAAAUCUCUAAAUUAUGAUGAAAAAAUUCAAGAGUUUGCAGACACUCUGAACGAUCUUGUCGUUAAUGAUAUUGAGGAUAGGGAUUAUUAUACGUUAAGGCUCCAAGCAGCCAUGAAAGAAAUUUCCAAUAUGAAUUAUGACCCUGUGCCUGGUACACCAGAGGAUGAAUACAAUCGGCAUGUUGGUAACCUUGAACUUAAGAGUUUGACAUUCAAAAACCUCAACCUCGAUUUCAGUUCCCGUGAUCACUUGACCACAGCAGACAGCUUUCGACCAGACAUUCAACCAGUCGUGUUGUCGUCUGAUGGAUCGAGUGACGAGGAUGAUGGAGACGACGAAUAAAAAUAAUGUAUAUAAUAUGAUGAACUAAAAACUUUGCUAGAAUUUAAAAUACAAGGUCCAUAAAAGAGCAAUAAGUUAUUGGUUUUAUGAUAUCUUCAAAUGAAUUAACGAGUUGAAUUAUUGCGCCCAAUUAGUGAAAUUUUGCGUAUAUGAAAGAGGUUCGAACUUGAAGUUUGUAGUUGUGUCAAUCAUUUAAAAGUAUAUUUUUGAUUUCUACAUUGCAUGGAAAUUAUGAAAUUAAGGUAUUCCAUGUAUAAUGAAAGGAUUAUGAACUAUUUUGAAGGAUUUAGAUGGUAAAAGAUUAGAAGCUGAUCUUUUUGCACCUAAGACUUUUUGAAAGAGUUGUCUGCCCUUUGUAAAAAUAAGAAAAAAUCAAAUUUUCUAAAAAUGUGUGUAGUCAAUGAUUAAUUUUAUUUCAUAAAUUCAUAAAAAGAAAGUGUAUAUAACUUUCUACCAAACGAUUAGUAUGAAAAUAAAAUUUAUUUGUAAAAUAUUGUAAUAAAACAUGUUUUCCCCAUAUAUUUCAAUGUUAAAUUCUAGGUGAAAUAAAUCAUGCAGUAAACAAAAUUUUGAAAAUUCCUAUGGUGGAUUAUUUUAAUUUGAUGAACCCUUCAAAAUGAUACCAUGAUUACAAAUAUUCCUUUAAUAAUUAUGAAAUAUGGUCAUUAUACAUUGAACUGGGGCCAUAGUGCUUGUUAAUUAGCUUGUGUGUUAAAUUUGACGGUUUUGCACUUACAAUUUACUUAUGAUUUAUUCACAUAAACUCCAAUUGUUUAUUAUUCGUUUAUUGUUGCUCUCUUCCAACACAUUCAUGAUAUCAUGUGCGCAAUAAUUAAAUUCUUACUCUCUUCAACUAAAUUAAUAUCAUGCGCGCAAUAAUUAGAUUCUUACUCUCUUCAAACACAUUCAUGUUAUCAUGCGCGGAAUAAUUAAAUUCUUACCCCCUUCAAACACAUUCAUGAUAUUAUACGCGCAAUAAUUAAAUUCUUACUCUCUUCAAACACAUUCAUGAUAUCAUACGCGCAAUAAUUAAAUUCUUGCUCGCUUCAAACACAUUCAUGAUAUCAUGCGCGGAAUAAUUAAAUUCUUACUCUCUUCAAACACAUUCAUGAUAUACGCGCAAUAAUUAAAUUCUUACCCCCUUCAAACACAUUCAUGAUAUCAUGCGCGGAAUAAUUAAAUUCUUGCUCGCUUCAAACACAUUCAUGAUAUCAUACCCGCAAUAAUUAAAUUCUUGCUCUCUUCAAACACAUUCAUGAUAGCAUGCGCGCAAUAAUUAGAUUAUUACUCUCUUCAGACGUAUACAUGAUAUCAUGCGCGCAAUAAUUAAAUUCUUGCUCUCUUCAGACACAUUCAUGAUAUCAUGCGCGCAAUAAUUAAAUUAUUACUCUCUUCAACUGAAUUAAUGAUAUCAUUAAUUCAAAAUAAUUAAAGAUAUCCUCAAUUAUUUGAGUUUACGAUAAUUUGGCGCUCCAUACAGUAAUUUGGCGGAAUUGUUGCUUUUAAUCAUUCAUUUAGAGUUUGCUUUUAAUGAUUUGUUGGUAUUUCCAAGUCAUUUUUCAUUUUAAAGAUCUCUGUAAUUUGAGUGGGGAAAUGUAUAGUAACGUCUCCACUGACAAGGCUUUCGGAGUUUCUUAAAUUACCAAACGCCAUACAUAGAAUCCGUCAUGCAAGAGCUACACCCAGAACACAUAAGGAAAAUAAAAAUAAAGCAAAAUUUAUGUGCGCAAUAAUUCAACAGUUAGAUUGAGCAACAACAAUUCAUUUAAGAAGGAGCAUUAUUGUUGAAUUGUAAAUAUAUUUUAAAUAUUUCCAUUUCCAUUGUUUUUGUCUUUGAUAUCUUGAUAAAUCGUGAUGGUAGCUAUUUCCUCAUGAACGCGCAAAUAAAGUUGUUAAAAAUGC